UCCAGAGAUCUUGGAGAAACCCCAAACCUGCCUGGAAUUGUAAGUUUUUGUCAGGCUUUAUAUGGGGAUAUGCCUGUUGUUGGCAACCAUUGUGUAAAGUACGGAGGGUUAUUUUGGGAACUGAUGCCAGGAUGUGCAGAUGCUCAAAGGUCUAACUCAGCUGGGAGUGAUCAGGAAGCCACGGGUCUCCUUUUUUUCAUGUGGGAAGAAGCAGCAGGGUGCAGGAGUCCGGGCUGGAAUGGCUGCCUGAGAAGUUGGGCGCCUAUUCUGGAGGUAAUUGGAGGUUUGGGUCAGAGGUGGGUGGUGUCUUCAGACGUCUUACCAGCCUCCGGUUGGCUGUACAGUGGCUGUAGACUGGGGGUGAGGAAGGAGAAAGUCAAGUCAGGCUGCAGGCUACUACUAACUCCAGGUGGGGAUUAAUGUACCAGAAUGGUAGCUUAGGAAAAGUAUUUGGACUGUGGAUGCAUGUUUGAAAAAUGGGCAACUAGAUUUUCUAAUGUAGAGGGAGAGUUGCUGUGAAACACAGGACUCAGGAAUGACCCCUGUUUUUAGCACAUGUAGGAAUGGAUGCUCCAUCAUCCAAGUUUGGGGAGAUUACAAUAAGAGAGGAAUUCACUGAGGAUAUCAAGAUCUUUGCUUUGUCCAUGUUAAGAGGUUAAGGUGUUUCUAAGACCACUGAGUGGAAGCAUGGAUUGGGCAGCUGGACACACAGGUCUGGAAAUCUGGAGAGGAUGAACCCAGGACAGUGUGACCUUUGAUGACGUGGCCGUGUACUUCUCCUGGGAGGAAUGGGAUCUCCUUGAUGAGGCUCAGAGACGCUUGUACCAGGAUGUGAUGCUGGAGAACUUGGCACUUAUAACCUCCCCGGGUUGUUGGUGUGGGCCAGAGGAUGAGGCAUCUGAGCAGACUGUUUCUAUAGAAAGAGUGUCACAGGUCAGGAUUCCCAAGGUAAAUCUGUCUUCGCAGAGAGUCAACCCAUGUGAGAGGUGUAUCCCAGUACUGAAAGAUAUUUCACACUCGGUUGAGCACCAGGGAACGCAUCAUGGACAGAAGCUGUGCAGGCUUGGACCAUGUGGGAAACAAUUAUAUUUCAGUGCAAACCUCCCUCAGCACCAGAUACAGAACAUUGGAGAGAAACCCAUUACAGCCAAUGUGAACAAAGCCUCCACUGGGAAUGACUGCAAACUUCAUGUGUUUGGGAAGCCCUUUAACUGCUGGAAUGUUGGGAAGGACGUCCUGGCCACUGCAGGAUUUCUCCAGGUGCAAAGCACUAACACUGAAGAAAAUUCUAACACUGGAACCAGUUGUCUGGCAGCCUUUCCCAGGCAAAAAACUCGUCACAACCCUCAAGAACGCACAAAAACUUUGAGGUACAAACACACAGUUGUUCAUCAGCAAAGAGUCCUCAACAGAGAAAGAUGUUACAUAUGUAAUGAAUGUGGGAAAUCCUUUAGCCAAAGCUACAGCCUCAUUAGACAUCAGAGAAUUCACAUGGAAGAAAGGCCCUAUGAGUGCAGGGAAUGUGGGAAAUCCUUUAGCAAAAGCUGUACCCUCAGUAACCAUCUGAGAGUUCACACUGGAGAAAGGCCUUUUUUAUGUUGGGAAUGUGGGAAAACCUUUACUCAUAGCUCUAACCUCAUGAAACACCAGAGAGUUCACACUGCAGAAAGGCCUUAUGAAUGCAAGGAAUGUGGGAAAUUCUUUAUCUACCGGUCCAUUCUCUUAGAACACCAAAGAGUUCAUACUGGAGAAAGGCCUUAUGAGUGCAGUGAAUGUGGGAAAUCAUUUAGCCAAAGAUCCCACCUCAAUAACCAUGGGAGAAUUCACACUGGAGAAAGGCCAUAUGAAUGCUGUGAUUGUGGGAAAUCCUUUAGCCAUAGCUCUAGCCUCAUUAAACAUCAGAUAGUUCACAGGGGAGAAAGGCCUUAUGAGUGUGGGGAAUGUGGGAAAUCCUUUUACCAAAAUUCUAGCCUCAUUCAACACCAGAGAGUUCACACUGGAGUCAGGCCUUAUGAAUGUGGUGAAUGUGGAAAAUUAUUUAGUAACAAGUCCAACCUCAAUAAACAUUGGAGAGUUCACACUGGAGAAAGGCCUUAUGAGUGCUGUGAAUGUGGGAAAUCUUUUAGCCAAAGCUCUAGUCUCAUUCAACACCAGAAAGUGCACACUAGAUAAUGGCUUUAUGAGUGAUAUUAAAAACUAAAUGUUUAUUCCCCUCUCCUCAAUAUGUUGAAACCCUGUGCCCUAAUAUGAUAGUAUUAAGGGGUGAGGCCUUUGGGAGGUAAUUAGGACAAAAGUUGGUCAUGAGGGUAGAGCCCGCAUGAAUGGCAUUAGUGUCCUUAUAAGAGUCAGGAAAGCUUGGUUCCUCACUGGACAGUGGACCUGGCCAUAUGAGGACCAUGACGUCAGACGUCCAGCCUUCAGAAGUGUGAGAAAUACAGUUCUGUUGUUUAUAAGCCUCCUGGUUUAACAUAGUAUUUUAUAACAGCCCAAGCUAAGAGAAAUGUGCAGAAUAUGGGUAAUAUUUAACCCAGGGGUGGGGAACAUCCAGCCUUGAAUAUAAGACCCUCAAAAUCAAU